AUGCCUUGCUUCAAAGGUUUGGCUGUGAGCAUCCACACACCAAACGGACCUCUCUCCGAAUAUGCAGUCCAGCGUUCCUCCCGUCUCUCACGAAUCUCCUCAUACAUCCCCGUCCCCCCUGCACGGAUUCCGACAGACAACAGCUCCGAUAAACCAGAGCAGUCGACCUUCGCCAUCUCGAUUACCCUGUUGACUCCUGGACAAGACGUACCCUAUUCCGCACCCAAAGCUACGCCUGAAGAUCCCUACCCUCAACCAAAGAUUGUCGGAGGGCUACCUGGUCUCUCUAGCGAGCGAGGAAGAUACUCUUCGGCCAUCGGUCCCUACAUCCCGCUUACCACAUCCCCCAACGAGACCAUUGCUGCCUACAUCUAUUUCGAUGGCCGAAACAAAGAAGAAGUUGCCACAUUAUUGCGGCGAGGAGAGGAGACGUGGGUCAACUCAAGGUGGGUGGGCGUGCCGGAUUCCGAAGGCGGAGGUCUUGCCGAAAGAGAGUUUCUGUUUCGGGAAGUAGGUCUCGAGCGUUGGCUGAAUGGACUUGACCUGGAUGGCAAAGACGCCGCAGCUACGAUUGAGAAGAGGAGACAAAAGAUGGAAAGGAGGCGAAGGAAGCGCCGAGAAAAGAAGAGCGAUAGUGAUGAGGAGGAUGAGGCAGACACUGCGAUGGAUUCCAAGAAGAGCAUUCUCAAGUAUGGGGCAGGUGGAACGUCGCCAGUGGAGGAUGUAUCAGAGGAUGACGAAUCGAGCAGCGGGUCUGGGGACUCAGAUGACGACCCAAUACCCGAAACAGCUGGGCAAAUCAAGGUAGCACUCUUCCGUGUUUUCGCAUCGGGAGAGAUCAAGCGAGGCGAGUACUCACCACAAUUCGACGCUCACGAUGACGACGAAGAAGGGCAAAGAAAUGGGCAUGUCGAGAACGGCGAAGGCGGCAACGGGGCAGAUGUCGACCAUACCACCAGCUUUGCCAAGCCCAAGACUUUAGAUCCCAAAUCAAUCAGCACUCAGACUGUGACUGGAAUUGACCCUACUGACAAACCCUAUGCCGUCUUUACAUUUCUCUACCGAGGUGAGCGCCAGCUACAGAAGAUGGGCAUUCUGCAGCCUCCCAGAUCCGAAAAGACGACUACUGUAGCAAAGCGAAAAAGUCUGAAUGCUGAAUUUGCGUCACUGGGUCCGUUGAAGAAGGAAGGAACCAUUGGAUUCUCAACAUUUCGUGACAACGAGACGCGACCCAAACCGAGGAGGAAAAGCAUCAAGAAGGAAGAUGUGGAUGCUAUGGACAGCGAAAGUGAAGACGAAGAGGCCGAGGUUGUGGGUAAAAUGGAAGACGUUGAUGACGUUGAAAUCAAGAAGGAGGAUGAUCUACUCUCACCGGAAGAUGCGGAACGGACAGGAGAGCUAGCAGAAGGUGUCAGGAAGAUUAAGUUAAAACGCCAACAUUCAGCCGAACCACUUCACAACGGAGCCGGAGCAGAAGGACGUAAGCCAUCCAAAUCUGCCACGCCGUCAGCAGCAUCAACUCCCAAUAUUGGAAAUGAUCUUUCGGCAACUCCGCCACUGGUCCCUGGACUGUCUGCGCCUUCACUCGCCAAGGCUCCUGCUGAUAAUCCUCUCGAGGAUGUCUCGUCGGUUGGUAGUCCAAUGAAGAGGCAGCGGGCCAGUUUAGCUGGUCCAGAAGCGGAUAAUAUCCAGCGACGACUGGGAAGAGCCAUGACAGGAAAUAUUGGAGAGAUAUUAGGGUCAGCCGGGGAUGCUAAAGUGAAGUCGGAACCUAGCGGCGGCAAUGGCAUGCAUCACUUUGGUGGAGCGAUUGUCAAGAAGGAGCCUGAGGAUGAGGAGGAGCUGUGA